UGUCAGUUUGAAUUGUUUUGUCAUUAAUCUUUCGAUUUGUGUUUGGUGAAGUAAAUCAUAAAAGAAAAUUACUUGUGCAUAUGGACUCCAAAUAAUGAAGAUAUGGUCUAAAAUUUAUCAGUGGUAUAUCGGAAGAAUAUUAAAAAAUGACCAACUUUUUUCUUCAAAAUAUAUCCAAAAUAUUGGCAUUUUAACAGCUACGCUUGUAACUUCAUACGCAAUGGCUACAAAUUUUAGAAAAAAUUCAAUAAAUUAUGGAGAAAAUGGAGUGACUGGAUUUUCAAACAUGACCAAAAUUGAUGUCAACGAAGAUCAACUUUGUUUUCAAAACUUUCCAUGUAAGCUGAAGUUACUUAAUGAAAAAGAAAGUAACCGAGAAAAAUUCAAUUUUAUUAAUAAUGUUGUAAAAAAAUGUGCACCUGCGGUUUUAUACAUCAUAAUUAGUGACCCAACACAACUGGACUUUGAUACAAAAAAUCCUUUAAUAACGUCAACUGGUUCAGGAUUCGUUAUUAAUGAAAACGGCUGGGCUUUAACAAACGCCCAUGUGGUUUUAGAACAACCACAAAGCAUAAUAAACGUUAUUACAUAUGAUGGCUUGGCUUAUACAGCAACUGUUGAACAUGUGGACAUAUCAAAAGAUCUAGCUCUCAUAAAAAUUAAUUGCGAUAGAAAACUGCCUACUUUAGAAUUUGGCUCUAGCAAAGAUGCUAUAGUUGGUGAAUGGGUGAUUGCAUUAGGAAGUCCACUAUCUUUAACAAAUUCGGUUUCCGUUGGAAUUGUUAGUUCUAUAAACCGAUCCGCGGAGGAUAUAGGAUUGAGGAAUUAUCCUAUGACUUAUAUUCAAACGGAUGCUUCAAUUACAUUUGGUAAUUCUGGAGGACCACUUGUCAACCUAGACGGACAUGUAAUUGGUAUCAACAACCUACGACUCACGGCAGGAAUUUGUUUUGCAAUACCUGUAGACCCAUUCUACUGCUUGGAGCGAACGUGCCGACGGCCGGCGAAUAAGAGAUGGUCAUUUGACCGUCAAAUGCCGUCGAAUAGUUUGGACCCCAAUCGCGCGCAUAGACUAUCCCUAUACAUCCCCAUAACAAGCGCAGUGAGCGCGCAGCGCUCAUCCAUACGUACUGUAAUGCAAUCAACCGUGAAUGUCUGUGAAUAA